AAUUACAACAAAACAAAAUAAUUUAUAUUUACAAUUCCUACGUUUUUAUUUUCUCUCUCCUAUUUUUCCCUAGUUUGCAGACCAUUCUCUUCCAUAUAUAUCUGUGCCCCUGUAAAAACCCUAAAAAAAUCUAACUCAUAUGUUGAUGAUUACAAGAUCAGUGCGAAUGUAGUAGAGAGGAUAGUUUCAUGCCUUCUUUUGAAUAAUUAUGGAAGCUAAUAUCUGUGAUGGUAAUAAUUUGGAUGCUGAUGUUCUUUUACCACCUCGAAAGCGGCUCCUGGCCGGAUUAAAGAAACAGAAUUUUGAUGGAAUAUCACAUGUUCCAUCUACACCUGUAAUUACUGGUGAAUUUGACAUCCUCCUCAAUAAUUUGUUGAAGUCUCAUAUAAAUAAAUCUCCAGAGGAGAUCCUGGAGGUCUCAAGGUCGGCAGUUGAAGCUGCAAAGAAGGUUGCAAAAGCUGCAAGAGCUGUAGCAGAAAAUAAGGCUGAGGUAGCAGCCAGAGCUAUGGCUGCUGCUAAGAGUGCACUGGAUUUGUUUGCAACUAUGUCUGAGGAGAGAUCUAGCAGAGAAAAAUAUACGAGGAAGAAUAAGAUGAAGAGGCAAGUCCCAGUUAAUAUGUUGUAUGAUAAGAAACAAAGGGUUGAAACUGAUGCAGAAUUAGCACGUGAUUUACACCGGGCAAUUAAUAGCUCCCCAAGAACUGUAAAGAACUCUUCAGUUCCUGAUCUGAAGAGUGUUGAACAUAAAAGGCUUGUAAAACGUUUGUCUUCAGAAAAGUUGAAGUACAAUAAUGGAGGACAUAGCCCUCCUAGGAGCAAUGGAAAUGGCCAAACAGAUAAGUUGUGUUCUGAUGGCUCUGCUCAGGGAGCAUAUGCUUAUAGAAUUAAUGAAAACAUAUCAAAAUUAGAUGAAGGGGAUCAUUCAAAUAUGACAAAUAGGGUUUCAAGUUUCUGUGGGGGGAAAAUGAAGGAAGUGUUGGAGGAUCCUGUUGGGUUUGGCAGAAAAAGGGGGAAAAUUAAACAAAAAAAGUUGCCUUUAAGCGUUUGCAGUUUUAGGGAUCAAGAGUACCCCAAGGAACAGCUGAAAACUAGAAGUGAGGUGCUGUCUGAUGGGAAUGUAAGCAAGGAUACUGCAGGCAGUAAUCAUCUGUUCUCUGUGGGACCUGCUGGUGGUAGCAUGAUGUCGUUUGAAAGGUCAGGAACAUGGAAAUGCAAGGAAUUCAAGGGACCGCCUAUAAUUGAACAAAACAAAGACAUGCAGUUAUAGUAUAAAGUUUAUUUGCAACUACCAGUGGCUAUCUUGACGCCUUCAGCCAAGUUGUCUGAUUUAGGUUAGCUUUGACGGAACAGUUGCUUGGUGAUUUUCAAGUGGUUCAGUUUUAGAAGCUUGUCUGUGAGUUUAGCAAUGCUCAAGGUGUUGCAGUCCUGCCCUGCCUUGAAUUACCGGUGAUCUUUCAGUGUGUUUAAUAUGGUUAUGUAAAGACAGCAUAUAUUAUUCGCUUAUAGAAUGGUACACAGACUUCCUGUACUGCUUUGAUUGAAUUAUAUUCUUGUUGUCAUCACGAUUUUUACA